CUCAGAUCAUGAUUUUAUUCGAAAUCAACUGAAGAGGAUACGACAGUACUACGGACAGGGAGGGUCAUCAACAAAUGUAUCUACUCUAUGGACCACAACGGAUUGUUUGAUGUACAGCCAUUGCCUACGUAUCUCCAAUUAAUAAGUGGUGGAGGUGAUAUAGCAACAAUUGGUAUCAUAGCAACAGAUUCAGAGCAACACGUUAUCCGAGAAGCCGGAGACAUCGAUGAAACAAACGCCAUAGCAACAGACGUAGGACAUCUUGAUGGGCAUAACAUUGAAGUUGAAAGGGAAGCAGAAAUCACCGAGACAAUCUACUCGCAUCUAAUUGAUAGUCUUACAAAUACAGAUAUCUCUGACGAUAUCCAAACUGUUGUCAUGGAGACAGAUAACGGUGCAAGUAUAAAUAACGGAAUAUCACCACGUAGAAGUCAUUCUCAGCCCGAGCAUGCCCAUGCGGCGGCGUCAAUGUCGUUGCCCAACCAACUCCACAAAGUAAACAGUGACAUGAACAUGAAUACUGUUGAUAGUAUGGACACAGAUCUUUGUAGCUUCUUCUCCCCUGACUACAUCUCAGAUGAAGAUAUUUAUACAGGCACUCACUCAGUUGAGAAAAUAACGAUUGAUCCGUUCAUUAGUGAAAAUCCAACAGCAGCCCAGUCUGUGUCUUUCAAUGAUGAUCCACAGCCCACAGUAAUCAGCCUAGAUAAGCCUGUCAUGUACUCAAGCAACCCUCGCAGAGCAAUGGAGAACAACCUCCUCAGAGCACAUGAAUCAAACUCGGUUGAUUCUAUGGAUGAUAAUUAUUUCUUCGUAGAUUGUCGUGAUAGCGGCACUCCGUUGAUCACCCCGGUCAGUAGUAGCAGCGACUCAUCACUAGGACAACGGGCAAGCCUCAGUGAUAUAAUAAUCGAAGAAUAUUGUGACAAACAAGAACUAAAGAGUAAAACAUCUGAGAAUGAACAUAUCGGUACAAAUUCAAAUAAAGCCCAGCUAUUAGAAAACAAACCACAGACGUCUUCUACAAAAAUUGAUAUUGGCAAUGCAGACGAACAACACGAUGAGAAUAUAAUCAAGGAUAACGACAAAACUACGACUGACGGUCCAAAACAUCAGACGUGUGACAUUGUAGAGAAUGUAAAUGAUGACAGAAGAACUGAACGUCAUGCUAAACUAGAACACGAUAGUGAUAAUAUCAGAGAGCAGAUAGAAUUAGCUUAUCAGAAAGGCAAACAAGAUGCAUUUAUUGAGCUCCAGAAGACACUGAAAUUUAAUGAACUACUUGUUAAUGAAUUGCUGUCCGAGAAGCACGAAGCCGACGAUUAUGUGGAAAGGCGUGAGGAAGAGGCGUUGAAAGUCAUAGACAAGCUACAGAGGGAAAUAUUAUUGCUUCGGAAACAAAAUACAAAACUUCUAGACGAUAGUAAGGGCUCGUGUAAAGGUAAAUACAACAAGGUUGUAACAAACGAACUUAUCAAGAUAAAGUAUAAGUCAGAUAAAGAACUUGCUGUGAACAUCGGUUUGAGGAACAAAAUCAAUGAAUUGAGACUUUUGGUUAUCAAACAGCAGAGACAUCUUUCUGACUUAGAGUUGACAAAUCUACAACUCAAAUCAUCAUUAACAGAGAAUCUUCGUAGCAGGGACGCUAAUGGAGUAUCUCCAACCGGGGAGUUUGAAAUGAAUACAUUGAGCAACAUGUCUGAUAUAAUAUUCUGUGACAAGUCAAAAUAUAUCCCGCAGUAUCCAGACGACCCGGCCCUUGCAUCAUGUGCGGUCUUCAAUAUUGGAGGUAAUAGCAACAAAGCUGACACGUUCACUCUGCCCACCAGACAGUUCAACCCUCUGGACAUUCCUUACAUUAGAAAACAACUCAGCUCAGAUUUUCAGUUGGAUUCAAGUUGGCAGUUUGAAUCGUAUUCUGAUUCUAACUUGGAGUAAAUCAUAAAAUAUUUUUAUAUUCCUUUCACCUAGUGGUUGUAUAAGAUCUCAUACACGAAGAACAGAAGAUAAUGAAUAUGUUCUAUAUUUUGGCUUGUGUAUUCAUAAUUUCUACAUUUGUACAAAUUCCUUACAUCACAAAAUGUGACCAUAACGUAUAUUUUCUAGGUGUUGUUUCAAAAUUUCCCCACUAAAUUCUACAAGUAAUCAAUUUGUUUGUUGCUUUAUGUUCCACCCACCCUUAACAAAACAAAAAAAGUAGAAUACACUAAAAAUAAUUUCACAAUUUUCAGUUUUUUGACCAUUCGAUACAAAGCAAAAGUGAUUAUGUGUAGAACUCAGUGAGAAUUAUGAGACAGCCCUUACAUAAAUAUAAUGUACUAAAAUACGACAUGAUAAACAUAGGUGACCUGCAGAAAGAUACAGAUCAAGACAUUUCAUUAAAUCAACCAUUGGGGCUCCUUGAAAGUACACAGGGUGGGCUAAAUGUCAGAUAUUUCACCGGAAAGAUUUUCAGUUGUGAAAAGAUGGCUUGUUUCUCAGUCUAGUCUAUUGGUGUACUGAUUUGUUGUUAAUUGUUGGAGAAAUAAACAUUUACACCAGGAAAUCUAUCCCUUUGGAAAACUCUUUAGACCUUUGGCUCACCCUGUAAUUAAGAGUUUAAAUCAUAAAAUAGAUUUACUCUAAUGAAGAAUAAAUAGAUAGUAUUCAAAAUUUA